CGGUGCCUGCAGAGCGCGGAGAGACGGCUGCACCGAGAGAGGCUGCACGGGCAGAGGCUGCAGGGCGGACGCGCGGCCCGGCGCAGCCAUGGUGAAGAUCAGCUUCCAGCCCGCCGUGGCCGGCAUCAAGGCCGACAAGGCCGACAAGGCGUCGGCGUCGGCCGCCGCGCGGGCCCCGGCCGCUGAGAUCCUGCUGACGCCGGCUCGGGAGGAACGGCCCCCCCCCCACCGCUACAAGAAGGGGGGCUCUGUGGGCGGCGUGUGCUACCUGUCGAUGGGCAUGGUCGUCUUGCUCAUGGGCCUCGUGUUCGCCUCCGUCUACAUCUACAGAUACUUCUUCCUCGCACAGCUGGCCCGGGACAACUUCUUCCACUGCGGCGUGCUCUACGAGGACUCCCUGUCCUCGCAGGCCCACACUCGCAUGGAGCUAGAGGAAGAUGUGAAGAUCUACCUCGAAGAGAACUAUGAGCGCAUCAAUGUGCCCGUGCCCCAGUUUGGUGGCGGCGACCCUGCGGACAUCAUUCAUGACUUCCAGCGGGGGCUCACUGCGUACCAUGACAUCUCCCUGGACAAGUGCUAUGUUAUCGAGCUCAACACCACCAUCGUGCUGCCCCCCCGAAACUUCUGGGAGCUCCUCAUGAACGUGAAGAGAGGGACCUACCUCCCGCAGACAUACAUCAUCCAGGAGGAGAUGGUGGUCACCGAGCACGUCAGCGACAAGGAGUCCCUGGGCUCCUUCAUCUACCACCUAUGCAGCGGGAAGGACACCUACCGGCUGCGGCGCCGGGCUACGCGGAGGCGGAUCAACAAGCGAGGGGCCAGCAACUGCAACGCCAUCCGCCACUUCGAGAACACCUUCGUGGUGGAGACCCUCAUCUGCGGGGUGGUGUGAGGGCCGCCCCCUCCAGGCCCCGCCCCCGCCCUCUUCUUUUUCUUCCCUUCUGGCCACUCUGGCCCUCCUCCUCCUUCCCCUCGCUUCGCUUGUACUUUGGACCUUUCCAUAGAUGUGACGUGUCUCCUGGUUCCUUUCCAGCCCUGCCCACCUCCCUGUACCAGAGCCGUGACCUCUCGAGGCCCCACCUCUUCCGAGCUCCCAGGUCUGGGGGGCAGGAGGGCGCCACAAGGUGGUCUCUGGGACCACCGUCCUGAAGUCAGGUCCGCUGGGGCCAGCCCACAGCUGCACUUGCAGCCCAGGGGACGGGCUGGGUGGGGGGCCAGGCACGUGGGGGUGCUGGGCAAGGGGCCAGGGUGGGGUGUGGUGUGGGGUUCAGAAAUAUCUGCACAGUUGGGAAAGUCCCAAGAGGUUUGUUCCUUGGACAGCACACUUCUCCCGUGUCCAGAUGCCCGGAUCUGGGCUGAGGGUAGAGAAGUGUGCCCUGGGAUGGACCCUCCCAGAGCACAAGGGAAGAUGGCGUCCUGGGCCCUCACCAGGGCUCCUGUCAGUGCCUUCCCCCACCAGUGGAAGCCUGGAGCCAGGGGUGGGGAUGAGUCUGUCAAGCACAAUCGUUCUCCGAGUGGAACCAAAGAAGGGAGGAGCCAGGGCCCCUAGCCCUGGCCCCCCGGGAGCACAAGUGGGGUCCUGCAGCCGUGGCCACAAGGAAGGGGACAGAGCAAGGCGGGUAGCCUCGCGGGGCUGAGCGCAGAGCAGAGACGAGGGGGUGGGCUCGUUGCUUUCUCCAAGCUUGGAGCUGUUUUAGAAGAUACUGUGGGGGAAAGGGAGAGCCACCUGGUACUUGUACACCCUGCCUCCUCCUCGUUCUGAAAUUCCGUACCCCUUGGCUUUGGAGGAAUGCAGCCUUUUUUCCUUUUCCUUCUCACUUUUGCAUGUUUUUACUGAUCAUUCAAUAUGCUAACCGUUCUCAGCCCUGAGCCUUGAAGAGGAGGCUUCGACGCCUCCAGCCAGACUUAGGUGCUCUCUGGAGAUGAAACUCUUAAAUGCUUUGUAUAUUUUCUCAAUUAGAUCCCUUUUCAGAAGUGUCUGUAGAACAAUAAAGAUCUUUGACUUCUGA